AUGGUGCCUUCGCGGGUCGGAUGGAUGCGGCCAGCCCCAAACCUCACCAGGAAUGUCAUGGGACAAACUCACAACUCCUGGGACUGGAAAGCUUGCCAGAUCGCAAGCUUUUCGGAACGGCUAUACAACACAUCCGAAAGAAUCGCUUUUCUACUUCAUUGGGCCGAAGAUACAUGGACUGGCGGUGGCACUGGCGGUGGCGAGGCCCUUCACUCGCAUGAAGCCAUCCAAGCCGACUGGCAACGGGCCUCAUCCUGUUGCUGUGUGCAUGCAGACUCUUUGAGUUAUAAAUCCAACAGGUUCCUUGUCCGUUUGUCGCUCCUUCUGAACCUACUUUUAUCUCUUACGACGGCCGCUGUCGCAGCCCGCCAACCGAACCCCUUAACGGACAUCACUUUUGGUUGUGGCCCGAUCUUUUCAGAGCCAUGGUGUACCACAGACGAUCCUGACGAAUCGCGGACUUUGUUGGAGUACGCCAACAGGGUUGGUGGGUCAAACAGCCGGAAUGCGAAUUGUAUCGGUUUCAACUCGGACCUCAACCAAUGCUGUAAACCAAAAUCAUUUCGCGUCCUUUAUGAAAACAGCAUUUUUACUCAAGAAUCUCAGAAAUAUACCAAAGGCCUCGUUUGGCCGUCCAUGAUCGUCAUAAACGAUCAUGGCGAAUAUUUCGGGGGCGCACAGCUGAAGACGGGGCCUCACGAUGGUGUUUGGGAGGCCACGUCAUAUCCACUUUCUUUAUGA